AUGUUUGUCUUGCUCAAAGUACCUGCUGAGGGUAAUAAAGCAGGUGCUUUUCAAAACCUCAGAGGCAAGCUGUAUUCUUCUUCAGCCGACUAUGCCGAAGUGUAUCAAUUUAUUAUUCCCGAGUUCAAGAUUGGUACUCUUGAUUCGUUGGUAGUUAUUUCGGAUGAACUCAUUAAGUAUGAUCAAGCGAUCGAAGUAUCCAUAGUCAAAAUUGUUGAUAUUCUAAGGAAUUUAUUGAAAAAUGAUGUGGAUAAGAUACGCUCUCAUUUUGUUGUUAACGGAAGAAGCAUUGCUCAAUAUCUAAAGGGAUUCCAAUGGAACACUCAAAAAUAUCGGGCGGAUAGAUCCUUGGCUGAAAUUGCGGAAGUCAUCAAUCAAGAAGUGGCUGCGAUCGAAAGUCUGAUGAAAAACAAAUUGGCCAAUUAUAAUCAAGUCAAAGGCAAUCUCGUCGCUUUGGAACGUAAACAAACUGGCAAUCUCGCAGUACGCACGUUGGCCGACAUUGUCAAAAAGGAGCAUUUUGUACUCGAUUCGGAAUAUUUGGAGACGCUUCUCGUUGCUGUUCCGAGGACCCUCUAUAAAGACUGGUAUAGUAAAUAUGAGACAUUAACGAAUUUCGUAGUUCCGCGUUCAUCCCAGAAAAUAGCUGAAGAUGAUGAGUAUGGUCUGUUCAAUGCAACGCUCUUUAAGCGAGCAGCAGAUGAAUUUACAUACAAGUGUCGAGAAGAGAAAUUUAUUGUCAGAGAAUUCAAAUAUGAUGAAGCAAAUCUAGAGAGUCAGCCAAAAACCAAUUUUGGGGAAGUCUUUUCAGCAUGGAUUCAUCUCAAAGCACUGCGAGUUUAUGUUGAAUCCGUGCUUCGUUAUGGACUGCCUCCUGAUUUCAUGUCGGCGAUAAUAAAACCAAAACCGAAAAUGGAGAAGAAAACUCGCGAAGUGCUAAAUGUCGAAUAUGGCCGACUUGGAGGUGCCAUGGGCGAGGCGUAUAAAGAUGAAAAUAUUGAAGAAUUGCAUAAUCUUCUCGGGAAGGACUAUUAUCCUUAUGUCUGGUUCCAAAUUCAAUUGGAUGUUACAAGGAGAUAA